CAACCUGGGCAUGUGCCCUGACCGCCCCCCAUGCACCCCAGGGAUCCAGGAUUGGAAAGGCUCACUUCUCCCACCUCAUUUUUGGGUUAGCUUUCCCACCGGCAUCACUGCAUCCACAGCUGCAGGAAUCAUCCUGAUACAAGGUUUUAAUGCAAAAGAUUUUUCUCUUCAUAUUCUUGAGAUGAGCCAUCAGGAAGUAACUUAUUCAACCCUGGCAUUUCUUCAGUCUUCUUCAGAGUCACAAAAUAGAUUAAGGGCUGGUGGACCUCAAAGGCCUAGGGAAAGUGAUGACAAAGAGUUUUCAGUAUCCUGGCAUCUCAUUGCAAUGGCUAUCAGGAUCCUCUGUUUACUUCUAAUGGUGACGAUCAUAGUGCUGGGAAUAAAUUUUUUUCAGUGUAGUCAAGAAAAACAUCAACAAGAUGAAAUUCUACAAAACCGCACGCAAAAGGAUUACACUGUGCAAAAUGAAAACUGCUUAACAAAGAACACUUUGACAAAUAAGACUUUAGCAUCUGAUGAUUUAAAAAAUAAAACCCUUCAGCAGGAAAAUAAACCAGCCUCACUCUUAAUAGAAAAGAAAUGUAGAAAAAAGGGAAUCUUUGCAAAAUCUUUGCAAAAUACAGGCAUGUCUGAUGUAGAAAUCUGGUCCUGUUGUGGAGCAAGCUGUUAUUAUUUUACCUUUGAAAAUAAAAACUGGAAGGGAUGUAAAGAGAUUUGCCAAAGACAUGGAUUAUUUCUUUUGAAGAUAGAUGAUCAAGAUGAACUGGUCUUCCUUCAAUCCCAGGUUUAUCAAAAUAACUACUGGAUUGGAUUAUCAUAUAAUGACAAGGAGAGCAAAUGGGAAUGGAUUGACAAGGGCACACCUAGACUUGAAUCUGCAAUAAUGAAUAUGACCUCUGGGAGUGGAGAAUGUGCAUUUUUAACCUCAACAAGAAUAACAACUAUCAAUUGCUCUAACUCCUACAAUUGUAUCUGUGAGGUGGACAUUUCCUUGGCUUUUAGCAUAACCAAGAGGGACAGGACUUAGUCCACUGUAGAAACAGAGAUGAGUUGGAAGAGAAGAACAUGCUCUUUUGGACAAUGAUUUGAGAGAUCAGGCGUCAUCAGUGUUCUUGGAGAAGAGGAAGAGAUUUGUCUUUGGAAAGCAUUUGCCCUUCUC